UUCGAAUAAACACAUUCGUUUUAAAACAGCAGUCGAACUAGGCAUAGAAGAAAACACUUGGAAGAAAAGCUCAAUUUUCUUCGACAAGUCGAAGCUUGACUACCAGAAACCAGCCUACGAGCGCACGAAUUUGAUUUUCUAAUGACUACAGUAGUACAGUACCUAUCGAACAUAUUAUUCGACACUUGUGUAAAUAAUGCAAUAUUUUUGUUUUCGAAUCCGAUCGCGUAGAGUUAUUUGAACGAUGGUGAAGGCGUCAUGUUAAUAAUAAUGUUCAUCUUUAUAACAAAUGUUGUUCCGUUUAAUGGCAUUAGCGUUAGAUAAUUUUUUUCUAUAGUAUAAUGGAUCAUAUUUUAUCAAAUGUUAUUAAAAAAGCUGCAGUUUUAUUCCAUCAAAAACCCCAGCAGAGGAGUUUCGAUUCGUAUGGAGAUGAGGAUAUCGUAUUCAGUAAAAAUAAUGUUUGUGUUCAUUCAAUCGCUUCGAAUCGGACCACAGUCCAUCAUCCAGGCUAUUUAACGUUAUCGUACAAAUGUAAUAAAUCAUCGAAGAAAAAUGAAGUUGAUAAUUUCACGCUGCAGUUAACUUGGAUACCUAAUUAUAUUUUCAAAAAUAAUAAAAAUUCAAAAAAAAGUACCAGUUCCACUUUGAAACGAUCCAACAACUUUGAUGAUAACGAGCAUGGUUCAAAUAAGGACAACUGCACACCUAUUCGUGAUGAAAAUGAAAUAGAAUUUGAAAACCAUUCAGAUAAUAAUCUGUUUGUUUCUAAUUCGACGAACAACAACAUGGAACAUUUCGAUAAAAAGAGGAAGUUGAUAAAUAGAUUUAGAAUGUCUUUCUCAGAAGAACAGAGUGAUAAUGAAGAAUACGAUGAUUUCAACGAGAACGAUUAUUGCUACAGCAAUGAAAAAGAUGACAUUAAAAGUUACUCCAAAUUUUCCAUAGAUUUGGGACAGAUGAAAUGCGUAAGGAUAUUUUUCGCGGAAAAUAGCGAAAAAAGUGGCCAAUUGGUGAUCACGUCGAAAGAAAAUCAAUACAAAAUCUUACAUUUUCAUCACGGUGGCUUGGAAAAAUUGCAAGAUAUCUUACAGCAGUGGAAUUCCUUCGUAUCUGAUUCUAUUUCUAUGAAGGAUGAAAAAAUGGUUUAUAAGCAUUUCACUAUUUCUGGACCACCGAAUAAGAAUGUAAAAUCUGCAGCUAAAAAUCAGUUCCCAAAAAUGUCAGUUAAAAUGUGGAAUGGGUUGAUGAAUGAAUCAGGACAAAUAGAAGAUGAAACGUUAUUUCGGAAAGCUGUUUUUUUUGGUGGUUUGCAUAAAAACCUUCGUAAAAUAGUUUGGCCUUUCCUAUUGAAUUGUUAUUCACUCGAAUCGACGAUUCAAGAAAGAAAUGAUAUGAAAAUAAUACGAGAAGAAAAGUAUAAAAUUGUAAAUGAAAUCAAAAACGACAUAUUGAACGCAGCUGACGACAGUUUUUUCAAACAGCUGGAAUACCUUAUUUACAAAGAUGUUAUACGAACAGACAGAUCUCAUUCUUUUUACACCGGUGACGAAAACCCCAACUUGAAAACCAUGCAGAACAUUUUAUUAAAUUAUGCAGUACUUUACAACGAUUACGGAUAUUCCCAAGGCAUGUCCGAUUUACUAGCACCAAUUUUAUCAGAACUUCAAAACGAAGCGGAAGCAUUCUGGUGUUUCGUAUGCUUAAUGAAGCGAUGCCUAUUCGUAUGUACACCUACAGAUACCGAUAUGGAAAAGAACCUGGAAUAUCUGCGCGAAUUAAUUCGUAUAAUGCAUACGUCGUUUUAUGAAUAUUUAAACACUCAGCAAAACGGCAUGGAUUUACUUUUUUGCCAUCGUUGGCUUUUGCUGUGUUUCAAAAGAGAAUUCCCGUUCGAUAUGGCGCUUCAAAUAUGGGAAACAUGUUGGUCCAAUUACCUCACUAAUUACUUCCAUUUAUUCAUAUCGCUCGCAAUUAUCGUCACAUAUUCCGAAGAUGUCAUGAAACAGAAAUUAAAUUCGGACGACAUGUUGUUUUAUUUUAGUUCAUUGGCUAUGCGUAUGGAUGGUCAAGCUAUACUUGCUAAAGCCAGAGAAUUGCUCGACUCUUUCAGAUCACUUUCAGAAAUACCAUCGACAUUGAGCUGCUUGUGCCAGACUAGUAAUUCCGAUAUUUGGGACAAUUCUACGAUUCUUGUAUUAAAAAAACACGCGUGAAUAAAUUUAAGUUUUUAAAUA